UACUUUUGUCGUCUGCGUUAACGUUUAUUUUACAUUAACGUUCGACAUUCACUAUUAUGUUCUUUAGUGAAGAAAUAAACAGUAUCGUUAAAACUAAGUGAUUCAGAACACGAAGAAACAACAUUGAUACGAAAGGUUCGUGGAAAAUGGAUUCAACUUGACGACGGAUAAGGAAGAAAUGUAAAACCAGGAACGUAUAAUGGCCGAUUUGAAGAUUCUUGUUUUGGCUUUGGCUGUGUCUCUGCAGAAGUUCACAAGUGGUGACGCGUUUUUGGAAAUCAUACAGCCUGUUAAAGAUGACAAAAGUCAGCAUCACAAGAAGGGCUGCACAACUCUUCAGGGAUCAACGAGCUGCAAACUUCCUGCAGGUGGUGAAGAAACGCCAUCUGUAGAUACGGACAAAUCUCAUUUACCUCAUAACUCUGAAUGUGUCACUUUUGAUGGCUGUUACAUUUGCAUGGAGGGAUUUUGGGUCACAUCAGCUUGCCAAGAAGAGCAUCACCAUAGAAAAAAACGUAAUGUGUUUGCUGUCAUCAAUACGGUGCUUGGACAUAUCAGUGACAUUGUGAGAGAAAGACUGGAAAAAAUGAAUUUAUAUUGUCAAUAUUACUGUAAAUCUAAAGCCAUAGCGGAUACUGAAAAUCCAAAGUUUACAAGCUGUCCCUCAAAUAUUGAAGCUGCCACAGACACAGAUACAAGGACAGCUGUUGUUUCAUGGACGCCGCCAAAUGCAACUGACAACUCAGGAAGUGUGACAGUGAAGCAGGUUGAUGGACCAAAUUCUGGCAAAAGUUUCAAGGAAGGAAGUCACAGAAUAAAGUACAUAGCCAAAGAUGAGUCGGGCAACUCAGCUGUGUGUACCUUUGAAGUGUUCGUCAUCUUUCUGUAUUGUUCAAAACCAAGUUUGAGUGACCCGAACAUACAAGUUAACUGCAAAGAAGGAUACAGUUAUGGAUCCAUUUGCAGUGUUAACUGCAAGUAUAAUCUUAAACUCCGUGGAUCUACGAAAAUUUACUGUGAAAAGGAGAGCUCCCACCCACCAAAUCUGGCUUGGAUCCCAGAAAAUGGAAAUCAACCAACCUGCAUAACAUUCCCAUGCAAAACACCAGGAAAGCCGAAGCAUGGAAAAUUAUCUUGUGUGAUGCAGAAGAGUAAAAAGACGUGUUCUGUAAAAUGUGAUGGAGGAUUUGAAAUGCCGUAUUCAGCUUCUGAAAAGAAUGUGUACACAUGCAGUCUGGCUACGGGGGUCUGGCUGCCUACAUCUCAUGUCCUCAGCUGCAUUGCCAAACGUACUCCAUCUAAAAUGAAAUUAGAAGUUUCAUUAGUCAUCUAUGCCAGUAGCAAGAAUGUUAGUGACAUUGGUGAAUAUAAGAAAGUGUUUGCAGAUGUACUCGCUUUCAAUGCAUGGUCUGAUACGUGCCCAUGCACUGUACAAGAUGUCAAGAUGAAAUGUUCCAAGAAUAAACUCAAACCAUCAGUGAUUGUCAAGUGUUUAACGACAUGGCAUUGGGUUGUACUUCUUCGAAAAGGUAAAAUUGAUUCUGUUAAAAGUUUACUCAGUGCACGUGGACAAGCAACUGUCAAGCUAGGACAAAAUCACAAACUGAACUUAACCACAAAUGGCUUUAAAAUCAGGUACGACAGCAUUAAGGCCGGCAAACCACUACUCGACUGUCCCUUGGGAUAUGUGGCGAACUAUAAAACAGCAUCGUGUGGUAAGUAAAUAAAUUACAGUGCAGAACUGAAUAAGAGUGAUUUUUCACUAUAUGUUUUUUAUUAUAUGGCUAUUUGCCACCUUAAGUGAACAUUUUAGACUCAUAUAUAUGUCAAAU